CAUUCCUGAGGAAGAAGGAAGCAAAAAGAUUGGUCUUGCAUUCUGCUUUGGAGAAGUAGAAAUUGAUGAAAACAAAUUCUGUGGAGAAAUCAGAGAAACCAGGAGUCACAUUUGGGGCAUUUCAUCUUUACUCAUUUCAGAAAAGUACCAACAUGUAUACUGGAGAGAAAUUCUACAAGUGCCCCCAAUGUAGGAAAGCUUUUAAUAAAAGCUCAAAACUCAUUUUACAUCAGAGAAUUCAUGUUGGAGAAAACCUUUGUGAAUGCAAUGACUGUGGGAAAGGUUUCCAUCAUAGGUCAAAACUUAACAUACAUCAGAGGGCACAUACUAGAAAAAAUCCUUAUCAAUGCAAUGACUGUGGGAAAAUGUUUAUUAAUGACUCAAAACUUAUUUUACAUCAGAGGAUUCAUACUGGUGAGAAGCCUUUUAAAUGUAAUGAUUGUGGGAAAGUCUUCAGUCAUAGGUCAAAACUUAUUAUACACCAGAGAAUUCAUACUGGUGAGAAGCCAUUUAAAUGUGAUGAUUGUGGGAAGGCCUUUAAUCAGAGUUCACACCUCGUUCAACACCAGAGAAUUCAUACUGGUGAGAAGCCAUUUCAAUGUCAUGAUUGUGGGAAGGCCUUUAAUCAGAGCUCCCACCUCCUUCAACACCAGAGAAUUCAUACUGGUGAGAAGCCAUUUCAAUGUCAUGAUUGUGGGAAGGCCUUUAAUCAGAAUUCCAACCUCUCUGUUCACCAAAGAAUUCAUACUAGUGAGAGGCCAUUUAAAUGUAAUGAUUGUGGGAAGGCCUUUAAUCAGAGUUGGCACCUCCUUCAACACCAGAGAAUUCAUACUGGUGAGAAGCCUUUUAAAUGUAAUGAUUGUGGGAAAGUCUUCAGUCAUAGGUCAAAACUUAUUAUACACCAGAGAGUUCAUACUGGUGAGAAGCCUUUUAAAUGUCAUGAUUGUGGGAAGGCCUUUAUUCGGAGUUCCAACCUCCUUCAACACCAGAGUAUUCAUACUGGCGAGAAGCCAUUUAAAUGUGAUAAUUGUGGGAAGGCCUUUAAUCAGAAUUCCAACCUCCUUCAACACCAGAGAAUUCAUACUGGCGAGAAGCCAUUUAAAUGUGAUGAUUGUGGGAAGGCCUUUAAUCAGAAUUCCCACCUCCUUAAACACCAGACAAUUCAUACUGGUGAGAAGCCAUUUCAAUGUCAUGAUUGUGGGAAGGCCUUUAAUCAGAAUUCCCACCUCCUUCGACAUCAGAGAAUUCAUACUGGUGAGAAACCUUUUAAAUGUAAUGAUUGUGAUAAGGCCUUCAGUCAAAGGUCAAAACUUAAUAUACAUCAGAGAAUUCAUACUGGUGAGAAGCCAUUUCAAUGUCAUGAUUGUGGGAAGGCCUUUAAACAGAGUUCCCACCUCCUUCAACACCAGAGAAUUCAUACUGAUGAGAAGCCAUUUAAAUGUGAUAAUUGUGGGAAGGCCUUUAAUCAGAAUUCCAACCUCCUUCAACACCAGAGAAUUCAUACUGGUGAGAAGCCAUUUAAAUGUGAUAAUUGUGGGAAGGCCUUUAAUCAGAAUUCCAACCUCCUUCAACACCAGAGAAUUCAUACUGGUGAGAAGCCAUUUAAAUGUAAUGAUUGUGGGAAGGCCUUUAAUCAGAGUUCAAAUUUAAUUGUCCAUCAGAGAAUUCAUACUGGAAAGCUUGUUAAAAAAUCAUGAAUGUGGUAAAGAUUUCAAUAAGAGAACAAACUUCCUGAUACAUCAGAGAAUUCACACUGGUGAGAAACCUUAUAAAUGUGAAGGCUGUGAGAAAGUCCUCAGUUUUCAGUCAUAUUUUCUUGACCAUCAGAGGGCCCAUAUUGGUGAGAAACUUUAGUAAUGUGAUGAAUAUGCCAAAGGGCUCUGUAAGCAUCUAGUACUCAUUGAUCAUCUGAUCAUGUUAGAUAUAAACCUUUUCUGUACUCUUCUUGUGAGAAUGUUUUGGUACGAAAUACAAAAUUUUCUACAUUAGAAAACUCGUGCUGAAAAAAAACUUUCAUUUGAAAAAAAAGUUUCAUUUGGCUGUAUGAUAAUCAUCAAAUGUGUUUCUGUUAUGUAGCCCAAUAAUGAAUUCAAUUUUUUAUUUCAUUCUUUACCUCAUUUUUGACACUCAGAUAAUACAAACCAUUUAUAUUUAUUAUUUUUAUUAA